UUUUUUUUUUUUAGUUUAGUAAAUUAAUGCAGCAAGAAACUCCCAAGAUCUGGCGAGUCCUAGCAGGGGAGAGAGGGCAGAGGGGAAAUGAGAUGCAUUAGGACGACACUGAACCACUUUCUUUCCGAGCACAAUGGGAGUGCUUCCCAAGAAACUUCCCCUUCGCUCCCCUCCGCUCUAGCCCUGAGCAAUGGGACACCUUCCCUACAGCAGCAAUAACUUAUUCGGGAGGAAAAUAGCCCAGGAAACAGGGAUCAACAGCAGCCAAACAGCGGGCAGGAAAGCGACACAAGCGGGACUGCAGCACAGCUCUACACUGACAAAUUCCUGUGGAUGUAAUUAGGAAGACACCCCGGCUAGCAGCGGAGAUUAAAGCCCUGGGCUGUUGAGGGUCGUGUCCCCCCCCUCCCAUCUUACCCCCCACCACCUUGAUGGCAAACCUACACCCCCUGCAUCUUCCCGCUCUCGCCAGCCUGAUGUCCGGAGCGAGAUCCCGCUGAAGGGAGAUUUCGGUGCGGGAAGCCUGGUCCUCCGGCCCCCAGCACCACUGCAGUGGCGGUGGCGGGGGCACAGGAGGAGAGGAGGGACGAGCCGAGGCAGCGCGGGAGCGGAGCCGCCGGCCGCUCCGCAGGCGCCCGCGGAGCGCCGCGCACCGCCACUGUCCAGGGUGCUGAGCGCAGCCGCCCGGCGGGCGCUGUCCGGGGUGCUGAGCGGAGCCGUCCUCUCUGCUGCUGGCCAGGGUGCUGAGCGGAGCCCUCCCGGCCUUCCCCCUGCCCAGCCCGCCUCGGGAGGGGGGGGCUCGCUUCCCCCUACCAAUUCUCCCCAAGUGCCCGGUUACUUUAUUGGCCAACCCCACCGGCCCACCCCUCACGGAGUACAAAAAAAAAAAAAAAAAAAAAAAAAAAAACCCCACAACAGCAAGAGAACUGGAAAAAGAAAAAUGUGCAACGUCAACGCGCUCGGAGUCUACGUGUGGGAGACGAUCGUUUUCUUCAGCCUGGCAGCCUCCAAAGAAGCUGAAGCAGCAGCACGGUCUGCCCCCAAGCCCAUGUCUCCUUCUGAUUUCUUGGAUAAAUUGAUGGGAAGAACUUCAGGAUAUGAUGCCAGGAUCAGGCCAAAUUUUAAAGGCCCACCAGUGAAUGUCAGCUGCAACAUUUUCAUCAACAGCUUUGGUUCGAUUGCAGAAACGACUAUGGAUUACAGGGUAAACAUCUUCCUGCGGCAGCAAUGGAAUGACCCACGGUUGGCGUACAAUGAAUACCCUGACGACUCCCUGGACUUGGACCCCUCUAUGCUGGACUCCAUCUGGAAGCCUGACUUGUUCUUUGCAAAUGAGAAAGGAGCCCAUUUCCAUGAGAUUACCACAGAUAACAAGCUUCUGAGGAUCUCCAGAAAUGGCAAUGUUCUCUACAGCAUCAGGAUCACACUGACUCUGGCCUGCCCCAUGGACCUGAAGAACUUCCCCAUGGAUGUACAGACGUGCAUCAUGCAGUUAGAAAGCUUUGGCUACACAAUGAAUGAUCUCAUAUUUGAGUGGCAAGAAAAAGGAGCUGUGCAAGUUGCUGAUGGGUUGACGUUGCCUCAGUUUAUCCUCAAAGAAGAAAAAGACUUGAGAUACUGCACAAAGCACUACAACACAGGCAAGUUCACCUGUAUAGAAGCUCGUUUCCACUUGGAGCGGCAGAUGGGCUAUUACUUGAUCCAGAUGUACAUCCCCAGCCUCCUUAUUGUCAUUCUGUCCUGGAUCUCCUUCUGGAUCAAUAUGGAUGCUGCACCUGCUCGUGUUGGCCUGGGGAUCACCACAGUGCUCACCAUGACCACGCAGAGCUCUGGUUCUCGAGCAUCACUGCCCAAGGUGUCCUAUGUGAAGGCCAUAGACAUCUGGAUGGCCGUGUGCCUGCUGUUUGUGUUCUCUGCACUUCUAGAGUACGCUGCUGUCAACUUUGUGUCUCGGCAGCACAAAGAGCUGCUCAGGUUCAGAAGGAAGAGAAGGCACCAUAAGAGUCCCAUGCUGAAUCUGUUUCAGGAGGACGAAGCUGGUGAAGGCAGGUUCAACUUCACUGCCUACGGGAUGGGACCGGCUUGCCUACAAGCCAAGGAUGGCAUCUCCGUCAAGGGUGCCAACAACAACAACACAGCCAACCCGGCUCCCCCACCGUCCCGCUCCCCCGAGGAGAUGCGAAAGCUCUUCAUUCAGCGAGCCAAGAAGAUCGACAAGAUCUCACGUAUCGGCUUCCCCAUGGCAUUCCUCAUCUUCAACAUUUUCUACUGGAUCAUCUACAAGAUCGUCCGCAGAGAGGAUGUGCACAACCAGUGAGGGAAGGGGAACAGCUGGGUGGGAGCGAGCAAUCCUUUAUAUAUGUGCAAUAGCAAUGCAGCAAUGCAUGAAUUCAAGAAUGUGGCAAUAUCUACUAAAAAAAAAAGGGGGUGGGGGGGUUGGGAGGGACUUUUAACCAUGUCAACUGAGGAUAACUGGCACAGGAAGGAGAAAAAAAGCUCUUGAUCUGAGGAGUGCAGGGUGGGGGUUAGUUUUACAGCAUAGGAAGGUUUGGAUUGCUCCAGCUGCAAUCCAAGCAGUGUAAUAUAUUAAUAUAUAUUCAUGCUUAAUUAUAAUGCAAAAAAAAAAAAACAAUCAAAAAAAAGACAAACAAAAAAAUCCUUUUUUUAGCCUAUUAACAGCUUAGAUUCUCAAGUCACUGGAAUGAUUCAUAAUUCCAUGUGCAGAAACGACUGCAAUUAUGCUUUAUCUGACUUUUGCUAUAGAAAGGCCAUACCAGUCAAGCACGUAGGGAAAAAAAGCCCUAACAAAAGGAAAAAAAAAAAAAAAAGAAAAGAAACAAACAACAAAAACACAAGAAAACCAUUCUAUGCUCCUCUAGGUUUUGCACUUUGAAAACUGGAUAGACAGGGAAACUUGAGAAAGAGGCUGUGAGUUGUUGUUUAUUUUAUAUAUUUACUUUUUUCAGUCAUGGGUUUGCUGAUCAAACACUUUGUGACUUUUGGAUAGCGGAAAGCAAAUACAUUAUCUCUCUCAUCCCCAUCAGAGAGCAUCCAAUGGGAAUCCAGAGAAGGACAUCAGGGCCUUCAUCAGAAAUUGCAGGUACCUUCUGUCAUUUUAAAUGACCUGGCAGGACUUGAGCCCCAGGAGGUAGAAAUACUAUUCAGAACACUAGAAAUGAUGAAAGAUUUUUGAAACAGCUCUUUUUCUUUUCCAAACCCCUUUCUGCCAUGUUUGUUCACAAUGGGGGGAUGGAAGCAUUGGAUAAGUUAGAGGAAAAAUUAUAUUUAAAACAUAGAGAAAAUAGGCAUAUUCAUAUCUUGUUGUGACAGGAUGGGAUGAACGGCAAUACUGUCAGUAAGGGGUGGGUGGGGGGAAGGUGUGUACAGAAAGAGUGGCUCUUAUUUUCAGACAUUUCAUAACAGUAAUAUUAAUAGUGAAGUUGGGUCGAUAGACCCAAAAGCUCUAUUUUUGUAUCUAUUUUGGUGCUGCGUUUAGCUUUAAUGUGGAUGGGAAGAUGGAGCAGGCUGCUUUGCCCCUCUCCUCUGCCCAGCAGAGUCUGGCACAGUUUGGUGGGGAC